AUGUCAGAAAGGGAAUCUAUCCUUUGUUCUGUUGGCUGCAGCUGCGCUAAAACGUCUGCGCUCUUUGCGGCGCUUCCUGAAAGCCAAAGAUGUCUGCGGACAUCUACUGUAACAGCAAUCUAUGAAUUGGAGCGUGUGACGCUUCAUAUCCAUCAGGAACUGGGCCAUUUCUGUUGGCUGUAUGCGUCAUUGGACCGAGAGAGCCUGGAAAUCAUCAACAACGGGCCUCUGGAGCUCGACAGCUUCAUGGAGAGGCUCCAUGAGCUCCAUGCCAUGUGCCGGAGACUGGCUUUUUUCAGUGAGACGCAUGACCUGCGUGCCGCGUUUUUGGCUUGGAAACUGCCGUGCGAAGCGGCAGGUCUUCGUUUGUUCGCUAAAGAACUUGUAGAAAAUAUUCAGGAGAAUAUCGAUAAGGAACUCCGUCGACGUGAGGAUCACGUCCAACAGCUGAAAGUGUUUUCUUCCUGUUUGGAGCUGGAGGAAUUUGUGGCCAGGGCCAAUAAUAGAUAA